CCACGAAGAAGACUGCGUCAUGUUUUGAAGCGUGCACUGUUGUUUAUUCUUCUGCGAUCACUCAUUCUGCUCAAGAUAUAUUACACCAACACAUUUGUGUGGAAAUGCCUGUCUGCUGGCUGGUAAGUGACGAUGAUUUUCAUAAACCCAUUCAGCUUGUACACCAUCAAACUGUGAUUCUGGGUAGAGGACCAGAAACUAAAAUAAAAGACAAAAAGUGUUCCAGGGAGCAAGUUGAACUGAGAGCUGAUUGCAACAGAGGAUUUAUCAGUGUUAAACAGUUAGGUGUGAAUCCUACAAAUGUGGACAGUGUGGUUGUGGGCAAAGGCAAUCAGGUGACGAUAAAGCCGGGCCAAAGGCUUUACAUGGUCAAUCAACUCUAUCCAUACACAGUGAAGUUCACAGAAGAGACGCCCAGAUCUGCUUCAGAGGGCAUUAAAGCCUCAAAAAGACCACACCCUGCAAAUAUAAUGCCCCAUUCAGACCAUCACUCGAUGGAUUCACCUCCACCAAAAAAGACUCCAACACCAAGCUCUGAUAAAUCAGAAUCGGCAGGUCAUUGGAGUCAAGGCCUUAAAGCUUCAAUGCAGGACCCAAAGAUGCAGGUGUAUAAAGACGAUAGGGUGGUGGUCAUCAAAGACAAGUAUCCAAAGGCGAGGUACCAUUGGCUGGUGUUGCCGUGGGACUCGAUCUCCAGUUUGAAGGUUUUGAGAUCAGAGCAUUGCGAUCUGCUCAAACACAUGCAAAAGGUUGGAGACAAAAUGGUGCAGCAGUCCCCAGACGCUCAGAAACUCAGAUUCCGUCUGGGCUACCACGCAAUUCCCAGCAUGAGUCACGUCCACCUGCACGUGAUCAGCCAAGACUUUGAUUCACCUUGUUUGAAGAACAAGAAACAUUGGAAUUCCUUCACUACCGAAUACUUCAUUGAAUCUCAAGCUGUUAUUGCGAUGCUGGAAGCGGAUGGGAAGGUGACCGUUAAGGAAGGCACGAGUGAAUUACUAAAGCUUCCUCUACGCUGUCACAUUUGCCGUAAAGAGCAACCAACAAUCCCAAAAUUGAAAGAACAUCUUUUGUCUCACCGGUCUUCUUAAAUUGCUCAUUUACAAGACGUUUGAGAGUUUAGCUUUGGUUAACUUUACUUUUGGUCUUUAAAGUCAAAUUUCAUUUGUUCUGAAUUAAAGAGCUUGGGUUUGUUUUGA